AUGGCACCCGUCACGGCCACCUUUCGACGCGCCCACGGCUCGGGCUCCGUCUCCUUCACAAACGACGACAAGCUGAUUGUCGGCAUGGUGAUUGUCGGCACCAUCGUCCUCGGCAUCCUGGGCAUCCUCUUCUGGGGCGCUUCCCGUCUCUGCCGGCGGCUCGGCCGACUCGCCCAGCCGUACUGCCGCCUCUUCACGAGCCGCCUCUCCCGCGCGACGCAGCGAUGGAUCGGACCAAGCACGCCUCGCGAGGCGCCGACGCCCUUUCGGCGCCGCGCCCGAGUCCGCACCGCGCCGGCCUCGCGCGCCACGGUGCAGGAGGCCGAGAGCGGGACGGGCCAACGACGGCACCUCGACGCCGGCCCGGCGCUGGGUUCGGCCCUGCUGUCACGCAUCCCGGCGUACGACGAGAUUGAGGCGACGCCUACGAUGCCGCCGCCGGCGUACGGCAGCUGGCGUCGAAGCUCGCCGCCGCCAACCGGCACGGGGCGAGUCGGAGGUGCACGCGUACCCGUCCACGCCGACGAUACACCCUCGUCGACGACGCACGCUCGGGGACGGCACCGCGGAGGCCUAGACGCGCCUCGACCCGCCCACCGCGGUGACCCGUGGAUUGCCUCGACAGUCGCGAGAGAAGGUGCCGGGCGAUGGAAGCGUGGCGGAAUAAUGUGGCGAGCAAGGAGAACGGAACGAUGCCGGACGACGAGCGAAAAGCACGGCACGGGUCGGAUCUGGGAUGAGGCCUACGCAAGCCCUCGCACCCUUGCAUUUUCGAACACAGACAUCGGCAAGCCGUACCCCUAUGUUGGCCUGCCGUCACCCGAUUGGUCGCAGCCGAAUGCGUCAGCUCGACACCUCCUCCUCCUCCUCCUCCUCUGUUGUUGCGAGGUGACGUCGCAAGGAGACGACGAGCAAACCUGGCCGACCGACAGGGACUGGUGGUGGGGGCGUGCUAGUGAAGCACGCUGCCGCCGACACGCCCGCGCUCAUCGCCGACCGGUUCGACGACGUGCCGUCGUUUCGUCAAUCUGGUGUGCGCGUACACUCACGCGCACAGUGACCAUGGCAUGGAUGGAUGGCAACGGUUGA